AUGGCACAGCCGCUGCGGUACGCGGCGCCCACCCCACCAAUCGUGCCAGUUGCUGCAUCAGCUUCGAUGGCGACGGUUAAUAUUACCUUACUAGCCAAAUCAAAGUCAAAUCAAUUGAAUGAUGAUGCAAAAAGGUGCCAGCGUGGUUCUGUAGCACGGGCACCAUCCACUGAUCCGAAAUCCGAUGCUGACACUGACGCUUGCCCCUCAUCCCAAGAUCUUGGGGCACCAUCGUAUUCCCGGGUUUCACUGGUGGGAGAAUCUGGGGUGCAUGGAAAAAAGUUAACACACGAGGGCGAGCAGAACGCGACACCAUCUCGCCAGUGA